CUAAAAACACUCUGUGGACGGGACAGGGACACGGCGGGCGGCUGCAGACGGAGAAAAACUCUGAAAAUAUGGCGUUCAUCACAGACGUUUCGCUCCUCAUCGAAGAAGCAGCUUUUGAAGAUCCUCUCAGAUUAAAGAAGGCUCUUCAGCCUUACUCACCUGAGAGGAAAGGUUACUACUACAAAGUGACAGGAACAUUUGAUCAGAUGUUGAACCUUUCAGCGGGACUGUCUGCAGUGAGGGAUCAAUUCAGUCCUGGAUCACAUAGGCCGACUGAUCAGGAGGAGCGUCCUUCAGCUCAGCUCAGGUCGGUGGAAGUGUCCCGGGCUGUCAUGGACUACAUGGGCCAAAGGUGUGCAGAACAGCUGAAGAAAAUCACGGGGGACAGUUUCAUCAUGGAAAAACGGCCUCAUGCAUCCAGCAGCUCAGUGUGGGUCACGUUCAAACCCCGCAAUGUCUCCACCCCUCCGGUUCGCAUCGACUUUAUCAGACAGAGAUUCAUCAGCCUCUACCAGAGGACAGCCUCUGACCUGCAAACCACCUCAGUGAGUCAACGUUAUGCAAGACACCUGCAGGCAGGAUUCCCACAGCUCCUGUUUACAGAAAAAACAGAACACAGCACACAGAAAGUGACUGUGACUGGGCAUUUUGUGCAUAUCGCCCAUCUCAAGGAGUAUCUUUCAAAAAAGACAGCCAGCUCGAGCCAGAGUCCAGAGAACAAAUGGUCAUCAGAGACCAAACAUCCAUCAGAGACCAAACGUCCAUCAGAGACCAAACGUCCAUCAGAGACCAGAAGUCCAUCAGAGACCAAACAUCCAUCAGAGACCAAACGUCCAUCAGAGACCAAACGUCCAUCAGGGACCAAACAUCCAUCAGAGACAACAAGCAGGAGAGAGUUAGGUCCUUCACCUGAACUCAGCAAAAACCUUGAAGAACAAGAACCCUGUCCGAUCUGUAUGGAGUCCAUAAAAAGUUCAGAAAAAGUGUCUCUAAAGUGCAAACACUCAUUCUGCAGAGACUGUCUGAAAAAAGCCUUCACCUAUAAACCCAUAUGUCCCACAUGUGGAGCAUUGUACGGCGUUUUGACAGGAACUCAACCUGAUGGAGGAACCAUGAAGGUAACCACGGCCCCUUCAUCCCUGCCUGGGUACGAGAGCUACGGGACAGUCAUCAUCAACUAUUACAUCCCCAGUGGCAUCCAAAACAAGGAGCAUCCGAACCCUGGGCAACCGUAUGAAGGCGUAUACCGCACAGCGUACCUGCCAGACAGCACUGAGGGCAGACACAUUCUUAAGCUCCUGCAACGAGCCUUCAGUCAGAGGCUCAUCUUCACCGUCGGUCGAUCCACGACCAGCGGCAGGAACAACGUGGUCACGUGGAACGACAUUCACCACAAAACGUCCACAUGCGGAGGACCGACGAAUUAUGGAUAUCCAGAUCCAGAUUAUCUCAGCAGAGUCCGAGAUGAACUGAGCGUCAAAGGGAUUGAAUGAGUGACUGUGAGGUUUGUGAACACAUGAAUAAGGAGCUCAGAUAUACUCAUGUAUUAGAGGUCACAUAUUAUAUUAUAUUAUUAUAUUAUAUUAUGAAAAAGACACUUAAAAGGAUACUUCACCCGUUGAA